AUGAACAUAGAUGAUACGGCCACGCACAUGACCUUUUUCUGGGGCAAAGAUGUAGUGGUUCUGUUUGACAGGUGGCCAAACGACCGCCUUGGCAUGUACAUACUGGCUCUGGUCUUUGUGUUCUUGCUGGCUGUGGCUGUUGAAAUCUUGGCGGCGCCACCUAUAAAGCCGAGGAUGAGGCCUUUGAGUGGUAGCUUGAUUCAGGCGGCUGUCUAUGCUGUUCGUAUGGCUCUUGCUUACUUGGUCAUGCUCUCUGUCAUGUCCUUCAACGCCGGAAUCUUCAUUGCCGUGGUGGCUGGCCACGCUGUGGGGUGCUUUUUCGUCAAGUGCAGGGCGAUAGCGGCCAUUUAUAGGGCAGAGGAUGAUGCCGCCGCUCCUCUAAAAGCUUAG